AUGAGGAAAGAAAGUCCAAAUCUCCAAACCCAGCAAAGCACAAACACAAGAAAGAAAAGAAAGUCCAAAUCUACAAACCCAGUGAAGAACAAGCAUAAGAAAGGAAAGAAAGUACAAAUUACCAUUUCCAGCGAAGAAAAAGUUCAAAUAACUAUUCACGACGAAGAACAAACCUACAAAAGAAAGGAUAUUUCACAAACACGAGGAAAGAAAGUCCAAAUCUCCAAACCUGGCGAAGCACAAACACAAGAAAGAAAAGAAACGAAGAACAGAUCUACAAUGAAAGAAAUGUUAGUUGAAAGAAUUGAAAAUGGAAAAAAUAAUAUGAAAAAAAAGCUACUUAUAACCAUUCUCAGCGAAGCACAAACACAAAGAGAGUCCAAAUCUCCAAACCUAGUGAAGAACAAACACAAGAAAGGAAUGGAAGUCCAAAUUACCAUUACUGUUGAAGAACAAAUACAAGUAAGGAAAGAAAGUAUAAGUCCAAAUCACCAUUCACGACGAACAACUUACAAAAGAAAGGAAUGUUUAGUUAAAAGAAUUGAAAAACAGAAAAAAAAGAAAAGAAAGCUACUUAUCACUACAACAAAGACAGCGAGAAAAGAAAGCUGCUUAUCACUACAACCAAGUCCAACCCAGCAAAGCACAAACACAAGAAAGGAAAGAAAGUCCAAAUCUCCAACUCAGCGAAGUACAAACACAAGAAAAGAAAGAAAGUCCAAAUCACCAUUCCCAGUGAGGCAUAAACACAAGAAAGAAAGAAAUUCCAAAUUACUAUUUCCAGUAAAGCACAAAUGCAAGGAAAGAAAGUCCAAAUCUCCAAAUUCAGUGAAGAGCAAACACAAGAAAAAGAAGUCCAAAUCACAUUUCCUGAGAAGAACUAACAUGAAAAUUAAAAUAAGUCAAAAUCAAUUUCAGCAAAGUAUAAAUACUAGUACUUAUUAUAAUAGAUAA